AGUAAAUACGUUGUUGCUAUGAUUCAUGGGAUUAUAGAAAUUGGUUGUUGCUAUGAUUCGUGGGAUUUCAGUAAUUGUAAAUUGUAAAUGUUAGUCAGUUAGUCUUGGCGUGUGGUUAGGAGUACUUGUGUUUGUGGUAGUGAUUAAUUUAAAAUAUCCGAAGGAUGAAUAGGCUGUUUGGAAGAGGGAAACCAAAAGAGCCACCACCGAACAUAAAUGACUGCAUAGUCGGUGUUGAUAGCAGAGCUGAAUCAGUUGGCAAGAAGAUUGCUCGAUUAGAUGCCGAACUUAAGAAAUAUGGAGAUCAGAUGAAGAAGAUGAGACAAGGACCUGCAAGAAAUGCUGUUAGGCAGAAAGCAUUUAGAAUACUGAAGCAGAAGAAGAUGUAUGAACAGCAAAUGGAGAACCUGCAACAACAGUCGUUCAACAUGGAGCAGGCCAAUUAUGCAUGUCAGACACUUAAAGAUACGCACGCCACAGUGGCUGCUAUGAAGACUGGAGUUAAGCAGAUGCAGAAAGAAUUCAAGAAGAUAAACAUUGAUGAGAUUGAGGAUAUGCAAGAUGAAAUGGCUGACAUGCUGGAACAAGCAGACGAGGUUCAAGAAGCUCUUGGAAGAAGUUACGGUACUCCGGAGAUUGAUGAAGAUGAACUGGAAGCAGAACUUGAUGCCCUGGGUGAUGAGAUUGCGCUUGAUGAUGACAGUUCUUACUUGGAUGAUGCAGUUAAAGCUCCCAGUGCACCCGACAAGGAGCCGGGCGCCGACUCCAUUAGAAAUAAGGAUGGAGUUUUGGUCGAUGAAUUCGGUCUGCCUCAGAUUCCAGCUUCAUAAAAAUAUUUUGCUAUGUUCGCAGUUUGUAAAUAUCCUGAUACAUUUAAAUCUUAAAGUUAAUUGAAUGAAGAAGUGAUUAAAAAGAAUUUAGGAUUACACAGAUUUUGGACUCUGACCAUCACCUGGUAUU